CGCUCGUAGUCUUAUUUUACGUUCAUAAAAAAUGGCUAUGUAUUAUUUCGUUUAUAUAUAUAAUUCUCUUGCCCGACCACCACUCAUCAGCUUAUUAUCUGUUCUGCUGGGGAUAAUGAGGAUGGCUCAAAGGAGGCUAUCGGCAGUACUAUUGUACUGGGUUGAUACUUGUGCUUCUCUUCUGCUUUUUUGCUUCUUUCUUCAAAUUCCUCUUGUCUCUAGUAAUGCUGAAGGUGAUGCUUUAGUAGAUGAUCUGAAAAAUUCCUUAUCUGAUCCCAACAAUUGUUUGCAAUCUUGGGACCGAACCCUUGCCACUCCUUGCACAUGGUUUCACAUUUCCUGCAACAGUAACAACUAUGUUACCAGAAUUGACCUGGGAGGAUGUGGCCUAGCCGGCAGCCUUUCCAGCAAUCUUGGUGGUGAACUUCCAAAGUUGGAGGUCUUUACGCUUAAUAACAACAACUUCACUGGAAGCAUCCCCGAGAGUUUCGGCAAUUUCCCGAAUCUGAAAGAACUGGACGUUAGCAACAACAAUUUGGAAGGCAAUAUUCCAACAUCUUUGUUAAACAGAGGACCUUCAUUUAAGUUAAACUACACAAAUAAUCCCAAUCUGGUUGUACCAAGCCAGUAUCCAAGCCCAACUCCAGUCAUCAGUGGAUCCAAUUAUACGAGCUUUGGUUGGACGAUAAUUAUCACAUCACUUAGCCUUGUAUGGGUGAUGGCAAACACAUUGUUCGAGCAUUGCAUUGGAAGCUCAUGAACCUAGCUUGAUUAUCGUAUCAUGUGAUGAGCUUUUACUCUAUAUUGUAAUAAUACUCCCCAUUCCUUGAUAUAUGUCAGUAUAUCGAGUGAACAUUCAAUAUUUUCUAUUUUGUAUUACUCCUCAUUUCUCUCAUAAAACUUGUAUUUUUUUCUUUGAUAACACUCAUCAAUGUGUCCCAUGUCUGUCUUGUUACAUCGGAUCGAAGACUUAUUUCUUUAAAGAAAC